ACAAGUAUGCAACCAUUGUGUAUGUCCUGGAGCAAAUGACAUGGGCCAGACCUCCAAAAUGAGGUGCUGUGUCCCAGGUGAUCACUGCUCCCUCAAGAGAUCCAGCAGCUGUAAUGUGUAAGUAGCUCCAUGCAGGAUGAACAAGGUGCUAAGGGUGAAGAGCCACAGCAGCAGUGAAGAGGCAUGAGCAGUUGGUUUGUCCUUAUCAGGCAGUAGACGGAUACUGAAGCCCUCCAGGGAACUCUGCAAUCCAACUCUUCAACAGGAUCUUUAAAAAGAGCAAGGACUGAGAAAAGACAUGAAGACAGAGAAAAUUGCAUCCUGCCUCCCCUGGCAGUUUCAAAUGAGUUCAGCUUUUGCUUUCCCUUCCUAGGACCCAGCCUCUAGCUGAACCAUGCUGCCGCUGGGCUCCAGUUAUUCUCUGGCAUGGGGUGAUGUGUUCCCAACACGGGGUUACUGACCUUGCUUUAAGCACAGCAGGACCCUUGGGUGCAGCAGGGGCCUUGUCCCUGCAGAGUUUGUAACACAGCUCACCUUAACUAUGGGCUGUCUGCCCUCACUUGUGCCUUUCCAGACCUCCAUUUCUUCCUGCUUGGCAGCACCACUCCUUUGGGUGCAUACCUGUAGUGCAGCAGGCACUAUCCUGCCUCCAGACAAAACACCCAGGCAUUUUUCCCAGAUUCCCCAACAUCCUGGCUGCAACUGCAUGUUCUCUGACAAUGCCAAGUGACACCCAGAAGGAUGUCCCAGCUCCUGUGGGGGCUGCAGAGCUCACUGGGAUGAGGUUCUGGUCCCGCUGCUGCUGGGUGAGGAAUAAGAGGCGAUGCAUAUCCACAUGUCUGAAACAGUUGCCAAGGAACUGUCCAUACCCACCAAGCUCUUUUUUUUUUUUUUUUUUUUUUUUUUUUUUUUUUUUUUUUUGAGAACAAAACCCAGGAGAAAAUUGAAGCACGAACGAAGUAGCCAUUUCUCACAUUUCUCAUUAUCACAGUUUACAAAGUGCUUAGUAAUAGGCUGAGUCAGUGGGGCAACAAGAAUGCUCUUUGCUAGCUUUGGGAGGAACCAGAAAUAAGGCACUUCACUCCUGUUCCUGUGUGAACAGUUCGGGUCUCACUCCUCUCCCCUCACUUCCUGCUGAGAGAUGUUUCUACUUAUGGUCCUAGUUUUAUGGAGGAAAAGACCAGAAGUUCAGUCCAAGCCUGUGUGUUUUAAAAGAGAUCAGAUUUCCAGAGAUACUGAAAUAUGGGGACCUUUGUUAUAGCCACUGUGAGCUGCAGAUAAUCUGCAGCCCUGCAAAUUGGAGGGCUGCUUUCAGUGCCAAAAUUCAGAAUUAAUCCACGGGUCUCCAUCUUUUAAAUCGCUGGACCUUGGUCUCCCAAGGCUUUCCAAGAGGCUUUUUCAUUCUCCUUUGUAUGUGGCAGUCACAAGGCUCCUACCUCCUCCUCCCACUCUGGAUGUGACCCUUGGGCCUGCUGAGCCUUCAUCACCCAUCACUGCCCAGGCUAAAAAACACUUUCUGGAGGGUGGUGUUAGACUCCCUGGGCAAGGUAUGUGCUUCUGUUUCACCUCUGAGGAGGAUGGGAAAAGGGAGCGGUCCUACGGCAGCUUUUCCUCUGGAAUAUCAGUCAAAUCUAAUAAAGGGGAGUGGGAGCUGCUGCCAGAACCAGAGGCUGCAAACCGGAUGCUUUAACCAGGCGUGGGAAGGAACAGGUCACCCUUUGUUUCCAGCAGUGCUGUGCAAACCUCUCCACUCCAGUUCAGACCACAGCUGCCCCUGGUCCAUGGCUCUGCAGGUCUAGAAUGGGCAGGAGUGAAAAAUUAGCACUGUUUGUGCCAAGGCCUGGCAGAGUCGGGCAAAUGAGGUAAACAGAACGGUGUAAAGAGAGAAAACCUGCACAGCCUUACAGCUGUCUGCAAACAGCAGCACCUGGCAUUUUGCUGCAGGCUGGGAGAGAAACGACGGAGCAGAGCUCUUGACUUUCAGAGUUGGGGAAAAAUUCCAGUAAAAUGGAGUGAUGUCUUGAGGGGAGAGACCACGAAGCUGAUGCGAGCGAGCUGCAGGACCGUGGGAGGCAAGACAAGGAAAGAGUCAGCACGGGGAUGCUGAGAGUGACGGACACAGCAAGCUGAUCUCAUACUGGGGGAACUUCUGGCAGGGGCAGGACGGUGCCCAGGCCUGCAGUACACAGAGGCUUCUGCCAGCAGGAGAGCUGUGGUCAUUGCUUCAGAGGUGUUGCUUUGCAGGGUGGUGUAGCAGUGCUGGGGAUGCCACCGUGGGAGCCCAGGUGCUGAGGUGACUCUCCUCACUGCAGAGGACACCCCGAGGGACACUGGCAGGGGGCACUCCCUGUCCUGGCUCUGGAUGUGCAUCACAUCAGUUUGGCAGGGCAAAGGAGCGGCUGGAUAACGGCUGAGGAUGUGCUAUGGAGCCGGGAUUCAACUGCUCUGAGCUCUGCGAUGGCAGCUCCAGCGUUGGCAGCCGGGAGCAGCCGCAGCGGGCGCUGCAGGAGCUCUGCACCCUGACAGUGACAUCUUUUGAUCAUAGUACGAAGAGCUCCCCAUCCUUCUCUGCUGGUCUCCUGGGAGUUGUGUGGACAUUCCUGACUGGAGGAGUCCUGCUAGCGCUCUUCUUUCUCAUCUUCACAAUUCGCUUCAGGAAAAACAGGAUUGUGAAGAUGUCCAGCCCCAAUCUCAACAUUGUGACCCUGCUGGGCAGUGGCUUGACUUACACAAGUGCUUACCUCUUUGGGAUUCAGGAGCAGAGCCUGCCAUCUGGAGACUCAAUGGAAAAGCUUAUUCAGGUGAGGCUGUGCCUGCUGUGUGUGGGGACCUCCCUGGUGUUCGGGCCCGUGCUGGGCAAGAGCUGGCGGCUCUACAAGGUGUUCACCCAGCGGGUGCCGGACAAGCGGGUGAUUAUCAAAGACCUGCAGUUGCUGGCCAUGGUGGCAGCGUUGGUGCUGGCAGACACUGUCUUGCUCUUGACAUGGGUGUUCUCUGACCCAGUGCAGUGCUUCCGAAGCCUCAGCGUCUCACUGCGGAAAUUUACAGAGGAGACCAGCUUAGAUGCAUCUUCCCAUUGGUCUAUGCCAGGCUGCAGCCUUCUCUUCUGCCCUUCCCUUGCCUUGCAGGCAACAGAGAAGGGCAUGACGUGCUCCGUGAGCCGGGUGCAGUCCUGCGCAUCGCUCUAUUCCGAUCUUUGGCUCGUUCUCAUUUUAGGGUUUAAGAGUAUCCUCCUGCUGUAUGGGACCUACUUGGCUGGUCUGACCGACAACGUCAGCUCCUCACCAGUCAACCAGUCCUUGACGCUCAUCGUCGGGGUCAACCUCGUUUUCCUGGCUGCUGGCACUAUCUGCUUAGUUCACCGUUUCUUCCGGACUUGGCACAAUUUACUGUUUGGUUUUACCUCUGGAGGCAUCUUUGUGUGUACAACCACGAUCAACUGCUUCAUCUUUGUCCCACAGCUCAAGCAGUGGAAAGCCUUUGAAGAAGAAAGCCAAACCAUGAGCCACAUGGCAAAAUAUUUCACCAGCCCGAGCAGGAGCUGCCGCUCAGUGUACAGCGAGGAGCAGCUCUACCAGCUCAUAGGGGAGAAAAACUCUAUGAAGCAGCUGCUCACCGAGAAAAACGCCGUGAUCGAAAGCCUACAGGAGCAAGUGAGCAGCGCCAAGGAGAAGCUGAUGAGGCUGAUGUCUGCGGAGAGCGGCUGCGACCCCGGUGCGCUGCCAGCAGCUCCCUGCACCUGGAGCUCAGGGCAGCCUGGGGGUGCACCAGGGGACUGCAGCUCCCCGGAUCCACAGAGGGAUGGGUGGCAGCCCCUCUGCCCGCUGGGUGCAUCACCUCUCAGCAGCAAUGCUCAGGCCCUCCAGAAACGUGCAACCCAGGAGCCUGUUUGCUCUCAGGUGCUGCUUUUUAAUACAGGGGACAGCAUGGAACGUGGCCUGAAAGAUGUCCAGGAGUGCGGGACACCUGCAGUGCAGGGGCAGCCUCUGGAGCAGCUGCCAGGCCAGGACAACUCAGCCGGUGUAGCCUGGGAGUCGUCCCCCAAAGUCAGCUAUGUAAACAGCGAGAAGCUGUGGGAAAUCUUGCAAGAGUUAAGCCUGGAUGGCAAAAUCUACAGCCCAGCCUUAUCUGCAGGACCCCCACUUGGCAACCAGGGCACCUCAGGUGAGCAGGAACAAACACGGGUGGGCCAGGAGGGCUACCCAGGCAUCCAUACACCCCUCAGCCCCUAUCUGGCAAGGCAUCGACGAAGGAUCCCAUUGCCUCCUGCCCCUGCACGCAUCCCUGGACAUGCAUCCCCUCGUGCCAGCUGCAGGGUGAAGGAAGUGGGCAGCUGGGGCCGUUGGGAGUCAGGACAGAACUCCCAGGGAACGGGAGGGGACGUGUCUGGCAGAGGGCUCCUUCAGCCCCCAGCACCAUCCCCUCCAGCCAUCCCACGGGAGGCCAGCCUCCAGCCAGAGGGGUGGCUGGGAUGGCCGGAGCACCAGCGUGCUUCGUCGCACAUCCCGCAGGAGCAGCGGUGGUGGCAGGGCACCCCGAGGGGGCCUGCUGCGCCCUCCCUGCGCUCGCUGUACUAUUACCCGGACUCUGACUCCAGCAGCAGCAGCUCUGAGGAGAUGUUUCAUGGCUGCCACCGGCCCUGCUGCGAGGUUUGCUUCCAGAGCCCACGUGGCUCCCUGGACAGCAGCAGCACGGACACAGAGCCCAGUGACUGCGAGGAUCACCAGACAGAGCACCAUGGCGGGCCCCAGCCUGUGGUGAAUUUCAAAGACGAUCUUAAACCCACUUUUGUGUGACUGGGAGCACCCCUGCCCCAAAGGCAAGUGCCCUUCCACCCCCGGAACAAGGUGUGUUUUCAGCAAUGCUAAAGCCACGCAUCCCUCUGGGGAAUGUGCCUUGUUCUGGAAUUUGGGGAUUGGGAAUAAACCUUGCCCCGUUCUGAUUUGCAGUGUCAGCCCCAGCCUGGUCAGCCGUGACUGCAGCCUGAGUUUGGCUGAGAGGGGACUGGCAGCACUCAGGGAGCUGAUGGUGGCCUUGGCCUGCCUGUGUCCCACAGGUAGCCAGCAGUUCUGUCCGUCCUGGUGCCAGCAGUGGAGAAACCAGGGCUGGGGGUCUGUGAGAGCCCAAACUUCACCUCCUCAGAGAGCUUUCCCUGUGAGACCUGCGUGAUCCGCACUGGCAGGGAGCAGCAUCCUGCCUCAGAAGCAGCCAUUGCUUCUUGCACACCGCUCCAUAUGGACCAAGAGAGGACUCCUUCUACCAAGGCUGCCCAAGCAGAGCAUUCCACUGGCAUCACCCCCAGCUGGCUGCCAGAAGCAGUAGCAGGCUGCCACUCACCUGGGGUGUGCUGCUUCCAGGCAAAGCAAGGACUUUGGAACGGGGUGUGCACAGGAAACUUUUGGGUUUUGGUGGAGUUUUUUUUUAGCAUCUGAAUGAGAAAAUGGAAUCCAAAGGUGAUGUCCAUGGAGGUGUCUUUGCACUUUGGGUUUUUCAGGUGCAUCGUUGUAGGUGAGACUCAGGCCAGAGCUGAAGGGAAAGACAAGCUAGCCAUUGUAAAGGAGGAUCUGAAAGGGGGGUUCUUUUUUUACCUUGAUUUCUGGGUCUUGUGUCCUUCUGUCUGUCUUUGUAUGGAUGAUGUAGUCUGGAAUAAUGUUUGUUUAAAUUAAUAUACUCUGUUUAAUUUUUAUCUUAGAAACACCAAGAACAGUAAAUAUGGUGUGUGUGUGUUUUGGGGGAUAUUUAUCAUUGCAUUUGAGCUUAUCAUUGCCUGCACAGGAGUUCAGGAUGCUGAGACUUGAUGCUCAGUGCAAUAUAAAGUUUCUGGAGAAAGGCUUGAUUAAAAGAGCAGGUGUCAGAGGAAUCCCAGACCUGGUUUUGAACAAAGCGUGUUAGCUCUGCCCUCCCCAUUACUCUUUAUGAUGGUGAAAUCCCUCACUUCUCUCCCUUCACUGGUGUCACCAUUUUCCCCCGCUACCUCUUCAGUUUUUCAAGCUUGCAUCUAGGGCAAAGCACCAAACUCAGUAAUCUUACGAGGAACAAUAUUCCCACAGCCGCCAUUUGCUUCUAAAAAGGAAACACCC